AUGUUUAGACAAGCAUUCUAUUCUUUACUCGUUACCUUUGCUUUGGUAUCAUGUAUUUCUGCCAACGCCGGUUUUAUGACUCCAACUCCACGUCUUGCUUGUAGUCCAACUGAUCACAACGGUUGUGGAAACACUCAGGCCUGCGUCUUGUCGCAACCGGUCGAGGCCAACAGAGUCGCCAUCGAUAUCACCAAGGACAGCAACUUUGUCAUCUACCAAUACAAGCCAUGGACCGUCGCCAACAACAAUUCCAACACCUACACCAUCCAAUUGUUUGUCAACGGUAAGGGACACACUUUGAAGACCAUCGAUGAAGAUUCCGUUCUCAAGACCGUCGGUAGCUUCAACUUCUCGAUCCCACCAUUAUCCGACACUGUCAAGACCGGUCUCGACUUCACCAACCCAAUCAAAGCCUACUACCAAAUGAUUUUCGACGCCAGAAACGGUGGUGGUGAUGUCUACUACUCAUGUUCCGAUGUCUUCAUUACCAACAAGAAGGUCAAUAUCACUACUACUACCGCUGCUGCCACCACUGGUGUUGUCGCCACUGCCAACUCAACUGCUUCCGCUACCACUGGUUCCUCUAACUCUACUGCUACUGCCACCACUGGAUUGACCACCGGAACCAACCAUACCACCUCCACUGUCAAGCCAAUCACCGGUGCCACCACUGCCACCACUGGAUUGACCACUGGUCCAGCCACCACCGACGUCUCAGAGUCACACGACAGCUCCUCAGCUUCCUCCGUUGUCUUCUCUGGUCAAGUUAUCAUCUCAAUGAUUGCUGCCCUCUACAUCCUCUUCUAA